AUGAGUCGUAAGAGGAAUUUAAACAAUCUACAUAGCGACAUAGAGGAAGUGGAAGAUGUAGAACAUGGUGACUUUAUUGGAAUUAAGAGCAAGAAUUUGAAGAAUAUAAUAUCUUUCACAAAUAUUGAACAAAAAGACCUAAAGUUAGGGACUUUAUUAUUUGGAGUUAUUGACGAUGUUACCGAAAAAGAACUUAGAAUUUCAUUUCCAGGCUCUAACACUGCAAUAUUGUCUGUAGAAAAUACUUUGGAGGAAUCAGAAGCAAUUUCAUUUGAGUUAUUAGAAAAUUUGAGAAAGAAGUCACUUAAAGAUAGGUUUUCAGUGGGUCAAUUUGUAAAUGGAGCUGUAAUCUCCAAUAAUAAGAUAAAGAAUAAUGUCACUUUAAAGCCUUCAAUAUUGAAUGCAGGAUUAAACUCUAAUUCAAAAUGUCUGGAUGUUUUUGGAUAUGUAAUUUCAGCACUAAUUAUUUCAAAAGAAAACCAUGGAUUCAACCUUUAUACAGGUAUCCAGGGCCUUAAGACUGUCUUCAUGAAGGUGGAAGAGUCUCGUAGUAAAGAUUACCAACUUGGUCAAAUUCUUCCAGUUAAUGUAAAUAAGUACUUUAAAGAAAAGUCCUUAUUAGUUUGCACUCCUAUUUACGAAGAGACCAACGACUCUAAAAUUGGUAAAAAAGAAAUCUUAAGUGUUCAUGAAGUAAAACCAGGUCUGAUAGUGGAAUGUCUAAUUCAUGCUUAUGGUAAUGAUAACCAAAAAGAAAAGAGAAGUUAUAUGCAAAGUCCUAAUAAGAAGAAAAAAAUCUCUGAUAAGAUUGGAGUUCAACCAAACACUAAAGUCUUACAAUUAAAGAAAAUUGACAGACAAUAUAUUAAUGACCAAGAAUUCGAAUCAAUUCAGGAUUAUCUUCAGGAUGAUCACUCUCUCCAAGUUAGUUUUUGUAUGGGAACUAUGUUGGGAUUAAUUCCAAAUGAGCAUUCUAUUCACCCAUUAUCUUGUUUUUAUCCUCAACAUUUUGAGUCUUCAUUGAAUCCUCAAGUUAUCAGAAAGUCCCCUAAAUCAAUGUUUCUUACUGCCAGAAUUAUAGCAGUUUUAUCUGGAACAGAAAACAAAAUUAUUUUAUCAGCUCUUCCUCAUAAUAUUAAUUUAACUAAAGGCGAUCAAAAGGCUCUUAAUGAAAUUCCCAUUGGAUCGGUUAUAUCACCUUCUGUUCUUCAAAAUAAAGACACAGCACCUCUAAUAAACUCUCUAUCAGGAAUUACAUUAUUCAAUUCUCAAAAUCAAAAGAAAAGUCCAAGUAAAAUCUCCUUUUUGGCUAGAAUUGCUGAUAAUUGGGUCUCUUUUUUCACCAAUCAAUUUACAAAAGACUACGAGAAACUUGACCAAACUAUCAAAACACAACCAUUUAGAGUUAUUUCUCGCUCUAGAUUGGAAAACUCCCUCUUUGUUUCAUUUGAUCAGGAUCUAGUACAAGAAAAAUACUUUUUAUCAUCUGAUGUCCUUCCUGGACAAAUUGUUAAAGCCACUGUUACAGAAAUUCAUAAUUGGGGAAUAUCAAUCAGACUUUCAAAAUACUUCUCUGGUAGGAUCUAUGCAGAACAUCUCUUCAAUAGUACUAGCUCAGGAUCAGUAUUAGGUAUUAAAUCAAGCUUUAAUAGUUCUAAGAGUAUGUCCAAGGAACAGAUGAAUUAUGUAAAAAAACACUAUCAAAUUGGGAGAAGUUACCAAUUCAAGGUUUUGAGAUAUGAGUACAGUGACAAUAGUUGGAACCCUCUACUUUUACUUACUGCAAAACAUCUAUUAAUAAACGACCAAUUACCUUUGGUGAGAUCUAUUGAUGAGUCUCUUAAAGUUGGACAAAAGAUCACCGGAUACAUAAGCAGAAUAUGUCUUGAUAGUACUCAAAAAUAUAACUCUGACUCAAAUUUAAAUUCUUUUGGAAAUAAUGAUUAUAUUAUUAUCAGAUUCUAUGGAGAAGCAUAUGGAUCUAUUUCUUACAAGGAGUACCUUGAAUAUCAUGAAUUUGAUAAUAUUGAAGGUAUUUCAAAGAAGCCAAGUAUUGGAGAAAUUGUUACUGUUCAAAUUAAGAGUAUCGAUCUAACCAAUAAAUCCCUAAAAUUGACUCUUAGAGCAGAAAAUGACAAUACAGAGAACCCUAUAAUGAACUCCAACACCCCUUUAAAUAGACAAUUCCUUCCACAAUUAAAGAAUUGUAAAUACAACUUUUAUGAAAAGCUUUUUGAUCAGAAAAAUAAUAACAGUAAGGGAUUUACUUUAUUAGCAGUAACAACUCAGGGAUUGUUAUUCUCACAAUCCUUAAAUGAUUUAUUAUACGUCUCCAAGUUUUCAAUAUCAGAUAGUAAAGAAAACUCUGAGAAAAUUUAUAACCUAUUAAAAGAGGUAUAUCAUAACUCUGAGUCUGUCUCAGACCUCAAUUCUAAGAUUUCUAACCUUAACCUCUCUCCACAAACUCUUUCAGACUCUGUCUCAAGACAGACUUUGGAAAUGGACUUGGUUGGGAACUCUGGAUCCAAUACUAAAUUUGAGAGUACUUCUGUUACUUUGAAUUUGAAUGUUAAAAUUGCAUAUUUGAAACACUCCAUUCUGAAUAGAGAAGUAUUCAUCAAAAAUUUCAAGAAUCUAUCAAACAACACAUUGUGUUUGGGUUAUAUUAAUCAUAUUGAUCAUUAUGGAUUACUGGUCUCCAUAUUGUGUUCAGAACCUCUGACUGGUAUUGUCCCAAGGCAUUUAAUUAGCUCAAAAGUUUUCUUUGAUGGUAAGGAACAAUUAAUGAGACACUUUUCUAUUGGAGAGACUUUACUUCUCAAAGUUGUAAAACUCGAUGAAAUCAACAAAAAAGUAACUUUAAGUCUGAAAGAUCUGGAAGAUGGGACAGCUUUUAUUAGAAAGCCUUCCGUUACAAAGAUCAUUAUUAAAGAGAGACUCACAGGUUUAGAAGAAGAUGAUCAGGUAAUCCAAAAUUUACUGAAUAAGUCCCUUGGACUUAAAAAAGAGAAAAACCUAUUUUCAGGUAGUUCUAGUUUAAUUGGGAAAGUCUUAAAACUAAAGAUUCAGAACAUAUCUGAAAGUGACGAAGUUUAUAUGGGUAUAUUUGAUUUGGAUAAGGUCAAAAAGAACAUAUACUUUAAGCUUGUAUCUAGAGAAAAAGACAAAGGUUUUAGCAAAAAGUUAACUAAAGGGGAAUUUGUAAAUGGUUUAGUUCUUGGUGGGGGAUAUUUAUCACCAAACAAGUAUAAGAACUAUACGGAAACUUCUUCUGACACUAACUAUGUGUAUUACAUAUGCUGUGAAGAUCAAAUAGUUUCUAGUUUUAGUGGAGUACUAGAAGAGAGAAAAAAGACGGAAAGUAUAAAGUUUAACAAAAAAUACACCAAGUUUUUGAAAACUAUUGUUGAUGAGACAAGAUCAGUUAAGGUUAAUAAUGAUCAAGAUAUUAUUUAUAAGACAGAAUUAUUUACUAUAUCUAUAUUAAUGAUUGAGGAUGGGGAUAAUGUAAAGUUACCCGUGGUAGUUUUGUCUCCAAACAGAUCUGAGGAAGAAAAUGGAAUUUCCAAAGACUUAAGUUGUAUUAUAUUGGGUCAUACUAGUAAUUUACCAAUACUUUUGGGAGCCUUAUAUUUAAAUAAAGAGUCAAAUUUUAGUCCAAAGGAUGGUAGUAAGAAAGAAAUUGGUUUAUUAGUUAAUGAGAAAGUCCAAUGUAAGAUUGUGGAACAUAUGAAAUCUUACCAAGGUUUAAUUGUACAAUUACCUAACAAAAGUUUUGGGAGGAUUUCAGUAUUGGAGUUGGAUGAUAACAAAAUUGACAAUCCUUUAGAACUCGAAAAGUUUAAGGUUGGUAAUAAAAUUCAGGGAAUUAUCAUUGAUAAGCUGACAAACAAAAGCAAAAAAAGCAGAAGGGUAAACUUAGUAGGUGGAAAAUCUUCUAAGCUUAAGUACGUUAUACUAGACUUUGAGAUCUCAAGCUGUAUUUCAAGAAUUAGAGAUAUUCAAGAUGAGAAUGACCAACUAAAAGAAAUUAAGAAAUUCUCCCAGGUUAAGAUUGGUUCCAUUUUGAGUGGUUAUGUAUGUAAUAGUGGAAAAGAGGGAGUUUUUGUUCGUAUUGGAAGGGAAUUGGUUGGAAGGAUUAAACUUAGAGAGCUAACGUCAGGAACUAUUACUCCAGAAGAAGCAUCCAAAAAGUUCUUUAUUGGAAAAUUCAUUCAUCAAAUGAUUGUAGUUAAUAUAAAUAAAGAGGAAAAAAAGAUAGAUUUAAGCAUUUCCAAGUUGGAUUCGGAUGAUAUAAAACUUAGAUUAUCUCAAAUAAAUGAUAAUGUUGAAACAGAAGAAGGGGAAGAAACUGAAGAAGAUGAAGUAAAAGAAGAUUUGAAUAUGGAUGUAAAUAUGGAAAUAGACGAAGAGGAGGAUCUUGGUACUGGGAAAAAAGUGCUUCCAUCUUUGGGAAAUAUUAAUGAGAAGUUAUCAUUUGAAGAUUUAUAUAUUGGGAGAGUUUUAGCAGGAGUAGUAAAGAAUGUUUCUAGAAAGUAUGGAUUAUUUAUAAGACUGAAUGAUUUGAAAGAUAACUUAACAGCUUUUUGUAAACUCUCAGAGUGUUUAGAUGGAAAAUCUAAUAAGAACAAAAUUUCCACAGUGUUUAAUAUUGGAGAUAAUGUUUUAUGUAAGGUACUUAAGUUAGAUUCUGAGAAUAGGAGAGUCUGGGUUGGGAUUAAGCCAAGCUAUUUCUCUGAUUUUAAGGGUGAGGAUAGUAGUCCAGUCUAUUUGGGAAAUAACCAUUAUGAGGAUAUUGAUACUGAUGAAACAAGAGAAGGGGAAGAAGAAAUUGAAAGAAGAGGGGAGAAAAAGGAGGAGAAGGAAGAGGAAAUGGAUGGAGAUGUAGAAAUGACUAUAGAAAUUAAUGAUGAAGGACUGGAGUACCGAGAAUCGGAUCAAAUAGAUUUUGAGGAUGUAUCAGGAGAAGAGAACUUUAGAGGGAAGAGUAAGAUUUCAGUGUUAGAAGAUUAUAAAGCUCAGGAAUCAGAGCCAAAGUUAGAAAUUAAGAACUUAAAUAGAAAGCAAAAAGUGCAGAAACAGCUAGAGCAGGAACACAAAAUUAGAGAUGAGGAGGAAAAAGGGAUGAGAUCACAUCUAAAUCCUUCAACUAUUGAUGAUUUUGAAAGGCUUCUAGUGACACACAAAGAUGUAUCUUCUCUUUGGAUCAGAUAUAUGUCUUAUUACUUGGAUUUAGGGGACUUAGAUAAGGCUCGAAUGGUUGCAGAAAGGUCAUUAAAACAGAUUUCAGUUAAGGAAGAGAUGGAGAGGUGGAAUAUUUGGAUUGCUUAUAUUAACAUGGAGAUAGUUUAUGGUAAAAAUGAAUUAUCUGCAAGUAAAGGGGAAAAUAAUAGUUCUUCUUUAGGAAAAGAUGGAAUUCCAAAGAAUGUAAGAGAAAUCUUGGAUCGUGCAUUGAUGAAUGUAACAAAUCAGAAAAAGCUUUAUAUACAAAUCUUCAGCUCUUUAAAGAAGUAUUCAAAAGAUGAAGAGGGUUUGGCUUUACUUGAGGAAGGUCUAAAGAAGUUUCAGACUAGUAGAAAGCUGUGGGUAACUUAUUUGACUUGUUUAUAUGAGAGUGACAACCAAAGAAAGGCUAGGGAUGAAAUAAUCCAAAAGUCCUUGAAAAGCGUCUCCAAGCAUAAGGUAGUGCGUCUUAUUACAGAUAUUGGUAGGUUGGAAUUUGAGUAUGGUAAUAUUAACAGAGGGAGGACCAUAUUUGAGAAUUUAUUAGAGGAGAAUUCAAAAAGAAUGGAUUUAUGGUCUCAAUAUUUUGAUAUUUUAACCAAGAUAUGUAUAAAAAGCAGCUCAAAAUCUCAAUCUUCAAUAGAUGAUCAUAUAGAGAUGGUCAGGUCUAUUUUUAACUCAUGCUUAGAAAAGAACUUUAAACCAAGAAGUAUGAAAAUGAUUUUUACUAGAUGGUUAUCUUUUGAGAAACAGUUCGGAUCUUCACAAAGCCAGAAACAUGUUCAAGAUCUUGCAAUUAGCUACGUAAACAAGGUUGAAUCCAGCCUUUAA